AUGCAUCUCGACAAUGGAAUAUCAAACUUACUACAACACUCAUUACCUCAGGAUUCCAACAGUCACCUAGAUUACUCCUUGUUCACCAAAAGAACUUCAGGACAGUUGGUAGUGGUCCUUGUAUAUGUAGAUAACCUCAUUAUCACUAGAGAUCUACAGCUAAUACAUGAGACCAAAUCACAGUUGCAAGAUAGCUUCAAGAUUAAAGAUUUUGGAGAGCUAAAAUAUUUUCUACGAAUUGAAUUUGCUAGAAGUAAAGAGGGUUGUAAACCUGUUACUUCACCCUUGGAGUUGAAUGCCAAGUUGACCACAUUGGAGUUUGAAACACACAUAUGUUCUACAACUAGUGAUCUCUACUCGAGGAUCUUGGUUCAAACCUUAAGUCAGUUCAUGCACAGUCCCAAAUCAUCUCACAUGGAAGCUGCCCUCAGAGUUGUGAGGUGUGUUAAACAUUGUCCUGGUCUAGGGAUGUUGAUGAAAGCUGGAUGUUCUGGAUCUCUAGCAUCUUUCUGGGAUGUUGAUUGGGCAGCAUGUCCCAAUAGCAGAAGAUCUAUAACAGGAUAUUUAGUGAAGUUUGGUGAUUCCCUCAUUUCAUGGGAAUCCAAGAAACAAUCAACAGUUUCCCAAAAGUUCACAGAAGUUCUACUGAGGUAG